AUGAGGUCUCCGCCGGGGGGCUUGGGGCCGAGGAGCGUCUGCUGCUGGAUCCGUCUAGUUUUGUGCUCGCUCCUGUUGCCUAUUCCUCCGCUUGGCUUGGCCAUUGAAGAUGGUAAGGGAUAGAGUACUGUUUUCUUUUUAUUUAUUUGCUAAUCUCUUGGCGAUCGAGGGGAAGAGAUUGGGGAAACCCGGGGGAGAGGGACGGCCCGAGUGCUGCUUGGGCUCCCCGCCGUUCUGCAGUCGGAUCGGAAAGAAUUCGUUCAAGACUGCGUGUGAUCGCACUAGCCUUCUUUCCCAUCGUGGCUUGCAUCGAUCUCUGAUUUUCAGUCAUUUCCUCUCUCAUCUCCGUAAAUGAGGCUGCAAUGCGGAGCGGAGGACCUCCUGCAGUCGCUUAGCCACGGAUCUGAUCCGUGCGCAGUCUCGAUCUACAGCAUCCUCUGACUAUUCCGCCGGCCGAAGUUUUGCUGAGGAAAUUUAUCGCCGUCUCCAAAUUGACUCACAUCUCUCUCUUACUGUUCAUCUUCCUCCCCUGACGAUACUCACUGGUAGAUGAACGGAGGGGAGGAGAGUAAAGUCUGGGAACAAGACGGAAACGCGAAUGGCCAGCGCAGUCCAGUUCGCUGGAUAAAGUACAUAUUCCUGAUUCCCCCAUCCUCGUUCCUUCUAUGGCCACCGGCGGCCUGACCCUCUAUCGCCAGUCUGUAACCCUCCUCGUAGCACGGCUCCAACGCCGUCGUCGUGUAGGGUCUACUUUUCUCUCUCCCGACAUCCAUGGCAGCAGUGUCCGUCUGCCUCGCGACAAAAGGAAGCUCCCGUGACGUCUUAUGUCUCAGUGGCUAAUGACUGGAUGACGGUGGUAAUGUGCAGGUCUGCUGAACAACGGCGACUUCGAGACGCCGCCGCCGCGCGGCUUUCCGGUCUUCAACAACAUUGGUGGCGUCGUGGGCGACACCACCGUGCCCGGAUGGACCACCAACGGCACGGUUGAGCUCGUCGAGUCCGACCAGAAGCAGGGAGGGAUGAUCCUCAUCGUCCCCCAAGGUGCUCUUUAACUCCAUGUCUAACUCCAUGUCACCGCCGGUGCCAGAUCCGUGCUAAGCUCUGUACGGUGAUGGUGGUCUGAUGAUGAUGCUUGUGAUGCAGGUGCGCACGCCGUGAGGCUGGGGAACGACGCCCAGGUGCAGCAGGAGUUGGGGACUCUGGAGGGCGGGGCCACCUAUGCCCUCACCUUCUGCGCCGCCCGCACCUGCGCGAUGCUGGAGUCGCUCAACGUCUCGGCCACCCCUUCCGCUGUGACCGCCGCCUCAACAGUGGACCUCCAGACGGUCUACAGCGUUGAAGGAUGGGACGCCUACGCGUGGGCCUUCCAGGCGGCGGGCGGGGACGACGCCGGCGCCACCACCGUCGCGUUCAAGAACCCGGGCAUGGAGGACGACCCCAGCUGUGGGCCCGUCAUCGACAACAUCGCCAUCAAGAAGCUCUUCGUCCCGGACCGCCCGGAGGGCAACGCCGUCGUGAACGGCGACUUCGAGGAGGGACCAUGGAUGUUCCCCAACGCCACUCUGGGCGUGCUGUUCCCUACCAACUUCGCCGAAGAGACGUCGGCCCUCCCCGGCUGGAUCGUCGAGUCCGACAGGGCCGUCCGCUACAUCGACUCGUACCACUUCUCGGUGCCGCAGGGGAAGCGCGCGGUGGAGCUGCUCUCCGGCAAGGAAGGCAUCAUCUCCCAGAUGGUGGAGACCACCCCAGGUAAGCAGUACAGCCUCUCCUUCGCCCUGGGCAGCGCCGGCGACUCCUGCCAGCUGCCCAUGGCCGUCAUGGCCUUCGCCGGCGACCAGGCGCAGAACGUCCACUACUCGCCCACGGGGAACCUGACCUACCAGUCCUCCUCCCUCAACUUCACCGCCACGGCGGAGAGAUCCCGCGUUGCCUUCUACAGCGUCUACUACAACACGAGGAGCGACGAUCGCAGCUCGCUCUGCGGGCCAGUGGUGGACGACGUCCGCGUCUUGUCUCUCUCCGGCGGCGCCACCAGCUCGGGGAGACCGGUCUCUGUCCAGCUGCUCGUCGCGCUCGCCCUCCUCGUGGCCUCGAUCUGA